UUUACAAGAAUAAGCAAAAAAUUUGUUUAUAUUCUGAAAAGUUAUACACUUUUUUUUACAAAAAAUAAUAACAAAUGUGUUAAAAAUAAACUAGAAUUUAUAAUUAACAAAACAAAAAAUCCAUUAUUAUGGAUGAAUUAGAUUUAUAUGACGAUUUGGAUGAAUUUCAAGAGCAGCAGGAAAAGAAAUCUAAAGAACUGCAAGCUGUGGAGGAUAAAUACCAAGAAUCGCUUAAAACUAUAGAAGAAUUGCAGGAAGAAAAUAAGAAACUAAAGAAAAAUAUACAACGCAUUGAGUUGGGAUUUCAAAGUCUGUUGGAUACAGCACGCAAUGAAAUUAGGCGUAAGGACAAAGAGAUUGAACGUUUACGCAAAGAAAAGGAUGACAUUUGCUUUAGGCGUAAGAUUCCCUCCAAAGAUGCCCAUACACGUGAAAAUCAACAGUUUGUACAAGAAUCUACAACAAGUGUUAAUAAUCCAUUUAAGUCCAGUCGAGAUAAUGGAACUUUAAUAAAUGAAACUGCCUCUGCUACAAUAACAACAACAAAUUAUUGCAAAGAAGAUCGUAAUGUUGAAACAAAUAAACGCCAUCGCGUCCACGAUAAUGCUCAAGAAAAACAUCGUGACGCUAGAGAAGAGCAUGAUAACAAAUAUUCUCACAGUUCCCAAAAAAAUCCGAAAACAGAUCAUGAUCACGAACGAAAAAGAAGUAGAGAGAAUGAUAGAGAAUCUCACACACGACGUGAUUAUAACAGAAAUCACAGUCGUGAACAUAAAGACUAUGACAAAACAAGUAGUAGAUACAAGUCUUCAAAAUCUUCGGAAAGUCCAGAACGUAGUAGCCGUCGUUUUGAGAGAAGUCAAAGCCGUGAACGUGAUAGAUCUCGAAAUUAUGAAAGACAUCGUAGUCAUGAUUAUAAAACUAAAGAUAAAUAUUUAAAAACAUCUUCAAAAAGUCCUACACGAAAAAAUGUUCAGCAUUCAAGACGUGAUGAUCGUCAUCAUGGAGAAAUUUCCAAGUCAACAGAUUCAGAUAAAAUCCAUAAACAUAUGGAUUUAGGCAACCAAAACUCAAAAGAUUUGAAAGAAAAAGAUGUACUCAAAGAAACCUCUGCAGAAAAGAAUUCAACUCGAGAAAAGUAUACUAAACAAAAAAGUACUGUUAGUUCUCAAAUCGAAAAAGUAAAUCUACAACUGCCCUCUAACAAUAAGAAGAACACUGAAGACAAUAAAGCAAAAAAUUCUAAAGAAAUUAAUGAACAACAAAAAACUGAAAUGAAAAACACAGAAAACUUAAAAAGUUUGCCUUUAAAUAAAAAGGAAACUGAAGUUAAAAGUAAACAAGAUUUAAAUAAUACAUUUGAAAGUAAUAAACAGCAGAAUGAAACAAUACAAGACAUAAGUUUGUCUACUAACUUGCCAGAACCCUCAAAACUUUGUACACCUCGUAAGGUAGCAUUGUUUAAUGAACUUUUUGGACCCUUGUCUAGCGAAAGUAGUAAAACUGCUGUCAGCAUCUGUAAAGGUACAAAUUCUCUGCUCACUAAUAUAAAAGGAAUUUUGGCAAAAACAAGCCAAACAGAUAUCCUUAGUUCAGCAACUACUUCACCAGGUGAUUAUACAGAUAUCAGUAGUGGCAUGAUUACACCAAAAGAGAAUACUGUCGACUUUGUAAGUUCUGAAAAUACAACACCAACUAACAUUAAGGAUAAUAAUGAUGGUGAUCUAGUUAAAACUAAUAUUGACAAUUGUUUUAUUUUAACACAAAAUGUCGAUAAGGAGGUAAAAACUAUUGCUUGUGUAGAUUUAACAGAAUUAUUGGAUGAUGAUAUAGAAAAUGAAGUGGAUUUGAUAGAAAUACCAGGUUUAGAUUUGUGUUCGGGAAGUAAAGCUAAAAAUUCAACUAAUAAUAAGACUGAGAAGAAAAAUUUAAGUAAAAAUUUUGAAAAUUCAACUUUAACUGAAGUGCAAGUUAAGGAAUCUUUAAAUUCUAAUGAAAAUGAUGAAAAUAGAAAGAUUUUAUCAGUUUCGGAAAUACCAGUAUGCCAAGAUGAUACAGAAUUGGAGAAGGUUUCGUCAAUAAGAGCAUCAGACAAACUAGAAAUUGCUGAUAGUUCUGAAGAAACCAUAGAAUUAGUGGAAAAUGUUGAAAAUGAGAAAGUGAAAUCGUUAGCAGCAGUUAGAAAGGAAGAGGGAACUGCAAUGCCACCAAGCAUAGAUAAAACAGCAAUUAAAUCUGCAGAUAAGAAACAAAUGAUUACAGCCAUCGAAUCAAUUGAUAAAUUAGAUGAUGCUGCAGUUGUAGAACAAUCUACCACAGAAAGUAUGUUGAACAAUAUGCAAAUGGAAAGCUUUGACACAAAAUCCAACACUGAAGAGAUUCCGCAAGAGAUAACAAGUGAAGAGCAAAUGAAAAUAACAACAACUGCACAUAGCACGACUUCAGCUACUAUAGCUCCAGGCUCUAACAACCAAAUAAAAGAAACAGAUCUUGCGUUUGAAACAAAAAUGUAUAAAAAUUCGCAUAAACCUAAAAUGACUGAAGUCGAUACAACUGAGCUAUCUGGCCAUGAUAACUUUAAAGCAGAACAAAGACAAGACAGUGUUGAUGCAAGCAUCUUAUCAGACAAUAUGACAGAAGAUCACACUUCAAAUGCUAAUGAAAAUUCAAACUCAAAUUUACCAGUAAAUUCUCUUAACAGCGAAGAAGGCUGCUCAAUGGAAACAGAAAUAAUUGUAGAUGAAACUUUUGAUGAAAUUGAAAUUGUAGAAGAAAGUGACAGAGAUACCAAGCUUUCGCCAUUAAUAGAGAAAGAUUAUCAGACAGACACUACAAUUGCAGCAAAUUUAAACGAAGCAGAAGUUGUUGAAUCAUUACUUUCAGAAAAUCUUAUAAACAAUUCAGAUCUCAAUAAAACUGGACAAAGUAAAGAAGAAAAUGAAUUAGUAUUAAACUUAACUGAAGAAUUAACACAAACUGAAAGUGAAAUUGAGGAGAUUACAAAAGACUUAACAGCCAAUAACAAUCUUAAAACAGAUCAGACUAAAAUAUCAUAUAAUAUAAAUGAAAACCUAUGUGAAUCUAAGACAAAUGAAGAAGAUGAGAAUUCAAUGAUCACAUGUACUGAUGAUAUAUCCGAAGCAGAAUUGCUUGAAAAAUCAAUGGAAAAUUUCAUAAAAACUAAUCCAAAUGAAGAAGUGCCUUUAAUAUCAUCAGCAUUAAUUGAAAAUAACAAUAAUGAAUGUACGAAAAAGGUCUCAGAUUCACACAUGUAUGAAGAAAGAAGUAAUUCUCUAGCUCUUCGAGAGGAACUUAAAACAAUUUUAGAUCCACAAGCAGAAGUUGAGCAAAUUUGCACAAAAACUUCAGCAGAAGAAAUGGAAAAUCUUAUGUCAAUAAAAGAAUCACUUGUUUCUACAGUUCUUGAGGGAAACAAUGAAACAGCAGAAUCGGAUAAUGAAGAGAUGACAGAAAAUGAAAUAAAUCAUUCGCAAAUAGCUCAAGAAAAAGGAGUAAAUGCCGAAGAGACUGCAACAAGUAUUGUAGUUUUAGAAUCAAAUGAAACAAUUGAAGUUCAAAAGAUUUCUUUAGAAACUUUAGCAAUAGAUUCAGAAAAUGAUAACCCAACAUUAAAACCAUCUGAUUCCACUGCGUUUAAGCCAAAUAGAGAUCAGACUUUGGUAGAAAAGAAACGUUUAGAAGAGACUUUAGAAACUUCAGCAAUAGAUUCAGAAAUUGAUAACCCUACAUUUAAAUCAUCUGAUUUCACUGCGCUUGAGUCAAAUAAAGAUCAGACUUUGGUAGAAAAGAAACGUUUAGAAGAGACUACAGCCAAUUGCAAAAAGGACGAGAGCGAAAUCGAUGUUUCAACACCGAAUUUAGAAAGUACACCCAAAGUUUUGGAAUCAUGUGAUUUCACAGCAUCUGAUGCAAGUAAAUAUCAGGUUUUAGCACAAAAGAAUCCGUUAGAAAAAACUACAGCAAACAUUGGGGUUUCGGAGUUGCAGGAAACAGCAGCCAGAUGUGAUAAGGAGGAGAGCAAAAACAGUCCUCAAGUUGAAAUUUCAACAAAAGUUUCGGAAAAUGAAAUCCAAACAACAAAAUCAUCUGAUUUCACAGCAUUUGAUCCUUUAGAAGAGUCUACAGAAAACAUUGAGGUUUCGGAGUUGCAGGAAACAGCAGCCAGCUGUGAAAAGGAGGAGAGCAGAAGCAGUUCUCAAGUUGAAAUUUCAGCAAAAGUUUCGGAAAAUGAAAUCCACACAACAAAAUCAUCUGAUUUCACAGCAUUUGAUGUAAGUAAAGAUCAGGCUAUAGCACAAAAUAAACCUUUAGAAGUGCCUACAACAAACAUUGAGGUUUCGGAGUUGCAGGAAACAGCAGCCAGCUCUCAAGUUGAAAUUUCAGCAAAAGUUUCGGAAAAUGAAAUCCAAGCAACAGAAUCAUCUGAUUUCACAACAUUUGAUGUAAGUAAAGAUCAGGCUAUAGCACAAAAUAAACCUUUAGAAGUGCCUACAACAAACAUUGAGGUUUCGGAGUUGCAGGAAACAGCAGCCAGCUCUCAAGUUGAAAUUUCAGCAAAAGUUUCGGAAAAUGAAAUCCAAACAACAGAAUCAUCUCGUUACACAGCAUCUGAUGCAAGUAAAGAUCAGACUAUAGCACAAAAGAAUCCUUUAGAAGAGACUACAACAGUCUUUGAGGUUUCGGAGUUGCCGGAAACAGCUGUCAGCUCUGAAAAGGAAGAGAGCAGAAACAGUUCUCAAGUUGAAAUUUCAGCAAAAGUUUCGGAAAAUGAAAUCCAAACAACAAAAUCAUCUGAUUUCACCGUAGAAAAUCUAAGAUUAGAAGAAGACAAUGACAUGAGCAAAACUGAAACACAUACUGAGGAGACUACAGACGACGUAGCAGAAGACGCAAGUGAAGAAUCCGAAUUCAAUAAUUCCCCAACAACUGAAUCGACUACAGAAAAGGCUUUAGAUUCAGAAGAAAAAGUAAACUGCAAUCAAACGGAAUUGUCUAAAACUUCAAUACAAGUUUCGAUAAAUAAGAUACAAAGUGAUAUCUUAGAACGAGAAGAAACUUCAUUUGAAACUCCAUUAAUAAGUUCUACAAUAAGCCCAUUAAAAAUGAAUAAAGGAGCUGAUAAAGAGAUGCAACAAGUUCCACACCAUGAGAUAACUUUACAAGAAUCUGCUACACUAGCUACAACUGAACGUAAUAGUAAGCAAACACAACAAGUUAUUAAAGAAGCCAGCGUUCUUGGACAAUCCGAAAAUUCUAUUGUCAGAGAAUCAAAUGAUCAAAUAAUCAAAACUGCAAUAAGUUCCGAGGCAGUAGCGCUAAAAUCUCUUACUACUUCAGACUAUAUUGCAGCUGUAACAAACUCUAUUGUUAGAGAAUCAAAUGUUGCUCAAAAAGCUAAGAAUUUUAAAAAGAAAAACUAUGUGGAAGCAAAACCUAUUCAAACCAUGAUAACACGAAGCCUAAGAAAGCAAUUGCAAGAUUUUUUCUUACAAAAAGAUAAACAUUUAAUGGAAUUCAAAACAGAAAAGACUGCUCUAGUUUUGGCAAAAGAAAAACUUGAUUCAACUAUGUAUUUUAAGAAUGGAGAUGUAGAAUCCUACACCAAAUCUAGUGAUCUUUAUAAACCACAUUGCAGGGCAAAAGAUUCCCUAGAAAAGGCAGACGUAGUUGUUGAAAAUAAAAAAGAAGUUGUUUUUAAAUCAACUGCCCAAGUUAAUGAUAUUUUUGAAUUCCAAAUAAGAGAGACAACAAACAAAGGAGAAAAGGAUAAUAACGCAAACACAGGAAAAGAUGUGAUAUUGAAAACCAACUCCACUCUUCGAUCAUCUGAUAAUCAAGCUAACUCUAAUCAACAGAUUAAAUUGAUUAAUAAAGACCACGAUAAAGCUGUCGAAAUGCUCGAACGAAAUGAAAAUCAGCAGUUAAAUACUUCUAUCAGUUCAAUUGAAGCAAAUCCUAUGGAAAUUAUUGCAAAAGAUAAACCAACAGAACAACCAAUUAAAGAAGUUAAUCAAGAUUUGGAAACUUCAGAAGGACCAUUAACAAAGAAACCGAGAAUUGAAAAGAAUGUUUCACAACAACUGGAAGAUACAAAUCUAGAAACUUCCAUUGGCUCAGCAGCUUUGCAGAAACAAAACGCAAAAAGAUCUUUAGAUUUAGAAAUUCCAAGCAGAGAGGAAAGAAACAAAGCGAUUGGUGAAACAACAAAGCUAUUGGUGAAUCAACAGAUAGAAAUGAGUUAUAAAGACCUCGAUAAAGCUUUCGAACCAAAUGAAAAUCAGCAGUUAAAUACUUCUAUCAGUUCAACUGAAGCAAAUCCUAUCCAAAUUAUUGCAAAAGAUAAACCAACAGAACAAGCAAUUAAAGAAGUUAAUCAAGAGUUGGAAUCUUCAGAAGGACCAUUAACAAAGAAAGCGAAAAUUGAAAAGAAUGUUUCACAACAACUGGAAGAUACAAAUCUAGAAACUUCCAUUGGCUCAGCAGCUUUGCAGAAACAAAACGCAAAAAGAUCUUUAGAUUUAGAAAUUCCAAGCAGAGAGGAAACAAACAAAGCGAUUGGUGAAACAACAAAGCUAUUGGUGAAUCAACAGAUGGAAAUGAGUUAUAAAGACCUCGAUAAAGCUGUCGAACCAAAUGAAAAUCAGCAGUUAAAUACUUCUAUCAGUUCAACUGAAGCAAAUCCUAUGGAAAUUAUUGCAAAAGAUAAACCAACAGAACAACCAAUUAAAGAAGUUAAUCAAGAGUUGGAAACUUCAGAAGGACCAUUAACAAAGAAACCGAGAAUUGAAAAGAAUGUUUCACAACAACUGGAAGAUACAAAUCUAGAAACUUCUAUUGGUUUAGCAGCUUUGCAGAAAUACAACGCAAAAAGUUCUUUAGAUUUAGGAUUUCCAAACAGAGAGGAAACAAACAAAGCGAUUGGCGAAUAUAUAGUUCCUCAAAAACACAAUACUUUUAUUAAUUCCAAUCUAGAAGUAUUAAGUAAAGAAAUCUCUAUAGACUCAACAGUUUCCGAAAAACAAAAGACUACUGAAAAUAAAGAGAAAACUCCUGUAAAAUCUAUGGAAAAUUUAAUUCAACCUGCUGCUUCUAAUACAAACACACUAAUUCCUGAAACUUCCGAGGUUUCAAAGCAAAACAACACAGACUUAGAAACUACUAAAUUACCAGAUCCAAAAACUAGCGAUGCUCCUACAACUGUCAAGUUAAUUCCUGAAACUCCCCAGGUUUCAAAGCAACAGAACACUGACUUAGAAGUUUCUAAUCAACAACAAAAUCUUAAAUUUGUUGAAGAUUUAACUCAAUCUUCUGACCUUAUAACUAACAAGUUAAUCCAUGGAACUCCCGAGAUUCCAAAGCAACAGAACGAUGACUUGGAAUCUUCUAAAAAAGUACUCACAACAACUUGCGAACAUAAAGAGAAAAUAUCUCUUAAAUCUGUCGAAGAAUUAACUCAAUCUUCUGCCUUUAUAACUAACAAGUUAAUCUAUGGAACUUCUGAGAUUCCAAAGCAACAGAACGAUGACUUGGAAUCUUCUAAAAAAGUACUCACAACAUAUUGCAAACAUAAAGAGAAAAUAUCUGUUAAAUCUAUUAAAGAUUUAACUCAUUCUCCUGCCGUUAUAACAAACAAGUUUAUCAAUAAAACUCCAGAAAUUCCAAACGCUGACUUGGUAGCUUCUAAUAAAAAACUUACAACAACUUGCGAACAUAAAGAGAAAAUAUCUGUUAAAUCUAUUGAAGAUUUAACUCAAUCUGCUGUUCAAAUAAGAAACAAAUUAUUACCAGCAGUUCCCGUCGCUUCAAUGCAACAAAGUGCAAACAAUAACACUGUAAUCUAUGUUCCUGCUGUUUCUAUUAGCAACAAUUUAACUCCUGAAAUUUCCAAGAUUUCCAAGCAACAGAGUGCAAAUAGAAAGACUGAAACUUUGGGUAACUCCAUAAAUCAAAAUAAACAUGUAAACCUCGAAGAUACUAAGAAGACUGGAGAAAAACUUCUUAACUUGUCGACAAAACAUAUUGUACCCGUGGGCUCUAAAAUGUCCGCUGUCAUCGAACACAUGUCCGCUGCAACAUCACAUCGUAUGCAAAAAACUUUAGGAGAUAUUGAAAAGACUAUAACUAGUUAUGAGUGUAAUGUUAAUAUGGAUCCAAUUUCAUCAACAUCUGCUUCUAGAGCAUUACAAGUAGAGGAAGUUGAAAGCAUUGGAAAUCUCGUGCAAAGACAAAUACCAAAAGAGAAAGUUGCAAACAUGUCCUCAGUCCUCACCAACACUCCAGAAAGUUUGGUUUUGACCAAAUCGAAACAUAAUAUAAAUAAUGAUCAAAUUUCAUCAACAUCUGCUCCUAGAGUACAAUCUUUAAUGAAACAACAGGUAGAGGAAGUUAAAGGCAUUGAAACUCUCACACAAAGGCAAUUAGCCAAUGAGGAAGUAGCAAACGUGACCUCAAUUCUCGCAAACACUUCAGAAUCUUCAGUUUUGACAAAAUCUGUCGGAGAUGUCGGAGAGACAGAAUGUUUGAUUCCAAAAUUGUCUUAUUUUGCAAGGCCUAAAGUAGCUACUCCAAGUAACGUAUUUAAAAAAAUCAUAACUAAGGAAAUCAACAUUGAGGGCGAAAUUGUAGAAGUGGUUAGAAUACAUAUACCCAAAGGUUCAAGUGCCGCCAAUGAAAUUAGAAAGUUAAACAAACUAUCUACAGAAAUAUUAAGUUCACCCCCAUCUUGUUCAAAUAAAAAGCAAGAAAUUGAAGGAAUGUCUAAGAAAAGUAUUCCAAUAUGCUUUCAAACUCCUGAAAACAAGUUUAAGGAAUCCACAGCCAUUAAUUCCGGUGAAAUGUUAAACUCACCCGCAACUUCUUUAAGUAAUCAACAAGAAAUUCAAAGAAUUGUUAAGAUAUGUAAUCCAACAAACUUUGAAUCUCCAGAAAUUCCAAGAUUGGAGUCAACUGUUUACAUGUCCUGUGGAAAUUUAAACACAGCCGCAACUUUUUCAUGUACUAAAUAUCAACAAAAUAAGAUUUUGGAUUCACCAGCCAACAAGGACUGUGAUUUUUUAAAUACAACAGCAACUUCUUUGGGUAAAAAUCAAGAAAUUAUUAAGAAAACUAAUCCCACAAGCUUUGAAACUCUACAAAUUCCAAUUAUGGAUUCAACAGCCAACGAGUCCUGUGAAUAUUUAAACAAACCCGCAACAUCUUUAAGUAAAAGUCAAGAAAUUGUUAAGAAAACUAAACCAACAAGCUUCGAAUCUCCACAAAUCAUAAUUUUGGAUUCAACAGCCAACAAGUCCUAUGACAUUUUGAACACAAUCCCAACUUCUUCGAGUAAAAAUCAAGAAAUUGAAAAAAAUGCUAAGAAAAGUACUACUCCAACAAGGUUGGUUUAUCAACAAAUCCCUUUAAUGGAUUCAACAGCCAACAAGUCCUGUGAAAAUUUAAAUACAACCACAACUUCUUCGAUUACAAAUCAAGAAGAACUUGCCAAGAAGAGUAAUCCAACAAAUAGUGAAUAUCAAGACAAUAAGAUUUUGGAAACAACAGUCAACAAAUCACCCUUAAAGGAAUCCAAAACACCUAGAAAAGAAACUGCAAUUACAGCACUAAUACCCAAAACUCAGGCUUACAAACAUGGCCAAGUGAAAGACAGCUAUACCACCAUCUCUUCUAUACUACCAGAAACAUUUAGUACUCUACCUGUUUUACCCUCAAUUUCUACUACAUCUCCUACGCCCUCAAAUUUUAGUGGUUUAUUUUCCAAGAAAACUUCCACCAACCCUAACACAGACGAUGAUUCAAUCAGAACUAAGAAAAAAUCACCACUUUUCAUCAACAAACCCAAGGAAUACAUAAUACCAGCAGCCAGUGUUUUAUGCAAUGUAGACAACUUGGAAAAUGCUACCAAAGCCAAUAAGAAAUUACACUGGGAAUUGUUGGAAAAUAAAAAUGAAAUGACCGAAAUUGAAGAUGAUGCCGAUGUCGAUACCACAGAUGAGGAAGAACCUAAAAUUAAGGAAGAACCUUUAGAACAAGCUUCAACCUCGCCUAAACAAGCAAGUCCACAAAGUAAACAAAGUGUUAUGAAUUUGCAAAAGACAUUAACCUCCGAAACGGAUACCCAAACAGAAGAUGAAUCCCUACUAAAAGAGUUGAAACGUCAUAAUAAACACAAAAAGCUAAAGCGUAAAUCAUCUUCUAAGGUACAUAAAUCAAAACAUCAUAAACAUAAGUUACCCAAAACUGUUAAGGCUAGACUAAAAGCAAUAGCUAAGCGCCAUGAAAAAGACAAUCUCGCCGAUAGUGCUCCAUUCGUACAGCAGCAACCUUUUACUAUAAUCUUACCCAAAAGACCCGUGGGAAGGCCAAGAAAAUUACAGAAUUGUCCCAAAGUGGAAAAGAUUGUACAGCAUAAAAAGAGAGGACGCAAACCCAAACAAUUAGUGGUUAAGCCUCAUGAUGUGUACAUUCCGAAGGAAUCCUUAGAAAGUAGUUACAAAACUAAAUCGAAUGAAUCUUUUAGAACAAAGAAACGUAAUACUAAAGAAAGAAAUAGUCCUGAUGUUGUAAAUAACUUGGAAAACACUUUGAGAAUUCUAUCGUCAUCUGUUGAAAGACUGGAAAUAUGUGAUGAGACUUGUAAUUCGAGAGAUUCUUCAAAACAGAGAAAAACCUUUGAAAAACAAAUGGAGGAAAGUCAAUACGAAGAUGCCUUUAAUACAUCUAUGAUUUAUCAAAAACAAGACUCCUCAAGGGAAAGUAUUAAUAUAUCUGCAAUAGCUUAUUCCUCAACAGAAGCGCAGAAACAAAAUAAACCAGAAUCAACAAACCGCUCCGGUAGCAGAGAAGCCGAAGAAAAACGCAAGACUGAUUUAUUAAGUGCCUCUAUAAUUAAGGAGCCGGUUAUAAAACUUAUUGAAAUCCCUACAACUAGCUCAAGAGAAGCUCAAGAGAAACGCCUUAUAAUUGCUAGAGAAAGGAAGUCAGAAAAAGUAAAAUCAAAGAAAGAGAAAUCUCUAAAAUCAAAAACCAAAAUGUUAAUGAAAAAGAAAUUGAAAUCAAAAAUGAAAAAUAAAGUAGCGCCAUUUAUAUCUUUAGAAGAUAUAGGCAUUAAAGUGAGACCACUUAAGGGUCACUUGUCGUCAUUUAAAAUACCCAAAAUUAAGAAAGAUACUGAAGAAUCCAUUGAUGACUCUUGGAAAUUGGAAGCAUAUGAAGAAUUGGAAAAGGAAGGUGAUAAAGAGAAAGAUAGAGAGGCAGCAGAACAUGAAAAGGACAAUAGAAAUAUAGCAAAAGAAAGGAGUGAUAAUGAAAAGGAAGACAAAGACAAGCAGCCGUCAGCAAGACCUAAAACAUCUAAAGCACAUGAGAUUAAUUGUGUUAAAGAAACUAUCCAAAAAGCAGAAAAGUUUCCUUUUGAAAAGGAAACCACACAAGUGCCCCACAAUAAAUCCCAAAGUAAAGAUGGUUCCAAGACAACUGGUAAUUAUAUCAUCCAAUUUGAUAAUAAAACGAAAACUGGCAAAAGGAAACUAUUUAGUCCUGACUUGUAUGAUGAAAGCGAAAAGGCAGAAAAUUUAGAAAUACCAGAAGAUAAAAACAGUCAACAAAUCUAUCAAGAACAAUGUCAAUACCUAAGCGAAACUCACGAACUUAAUCCGGUAAAAUUCACACGAAAAUCUUUAAUUUUCUCCAAAACAAUUUCGGACAUUAGUCAAGUCUCCGCAAACUUAGAUAAUGGAGAAACAAGUUCAACUAAUACGAGUACAAAACCAUGUAGAAAGUCGAUUAAUAUUCAUAGAAGAAUAUUAGAUUCCAGUAGUGAGGAAGAUGAGGUCAAUACAGCAGGAACAAAUGUUGUUCAAAAACUUUCAGAAGAAGUUGCUAAAACUAGCAAAACUUCAAAAACUGAAGCAGGAAAUGAAAGAAGCUUAAAGGAAGAAAAGCAGGCUGUUUCAUCAUUUAUAAAGGAAACUAAAAAACCUUUAAGAGGUCGUAGAAAAUCUAUGUAUGUAGAAAGCACUGCCAAAGAAACAGUUGUAUCCGAGAAAAGUGAAAUAAAGAAAAUAAGUCAAAUUACACGAAGAAAGUCAAUGUAUAUUGAAAGGACUUCUCCGGAAGCAGUUGAAUCUGAGGAUAGUGAAACAAUCAAACGUAAUAAACAACCUGCACGACGAAAAUCGAUGUAUGCUGAAAGUGUUCCAAUAGCAGCAGUUGAAACUGAAGAGGAAAUAAUCAAAACAAGUCGACGGAAAUCCAUGUAUGUGGAAAGCUCCGGCAAGGAAGCAGUCGAGUCUGAGGAAAGUGAAACAAGCAAGCGUAUUAGACCCAUACGUAUAAAAUCGAUGUAUGUCGAAGAAACUCCAUUGGAACCAGUGGUUACUGAAGAGGAAACUAAAACAGCCAGUAAAACUAAUCGAAGGAAGUCCAUGUAUGUUGAAAGCACUACAAAGGAAGCUGUUGAGACUGAGAAAAGUGUAACCAUCAAACGUAAUAUGCCGGCACGAAGAAAGUCAAUGUAUGUAGAAAGAACUCAAUUAGAAGCAUUUGGCGCGGAUGAGCAAACAAAUAAAGUGACUGAAACUAAUAAAGGAGAACCCCUAAGUAUAGGAACAAUACCUAUUGAGUCUAAACAGGUUACAGCAAACAAACCUAUUAAAGCCAUGCGUCGAAAAUCGUUGUAUAUUGAAAGUCCUGCCUCAGUGGAAAGUGAAAACGAGGGAAUUGAAAUGAACAAAUCUAUUAAUGCUACUGCAGAAGCCAAACAAGUUCUGGAACCGCAGACUACGAUGGACUAUUCCAAAUUCACGGAAAAAUGCAAUGAUCAGCAAGGAAAGGAGCCGAAAUGCAAAGAGAUUAAAGUAAACAAACCUACUAAAGUCAUGCGUCGAAAAUCAAUGUACAUUGAAAGUCCUUCCUCAUUGGAAAGUGAUAAUGGUGGAAUUGAAGCUAACAAAUCCCUUAAAGCUGGGGCAGAAACAGCGCCAAACAGUUCCAAAUUAACUGAGAAAUGUAAUGAAGAGCAUGGCAAGGAAUCGCAUGUAGACAAAUCCAUUAAAGCCACACGCCGAAAAUCAAUGUACCUUGAAAGUCCUGCCGCAUCCUUUAAAGAUGGCACAGAUACUAAAUUGGUUCAGGAACCUCAAACAGCGCUAGACAAUUCCAAAUUAACUGAGAAUUGUAGUGAACAGUGUGAUAAGGAAUCGCACCCUAAAGAGAUUAAAGCAGACAGAUCCAUUAAACCUAUACGCCGAAAAUCAGUGUACAUUGAAAGUCCUGCUCUAUUGGAAAGUGAAACUAAAGGAAUUGAAACGAACAAAUCCAUUAAAGCUGGUUCAGAAACUAAACUUGUUCAAGAGCCACAAACUGAUGUAGACAAGUCCAAACUAAGGGAGAAUUGUAAUGAUCAACAAUGCAAGGAACUACAGCCAACAAAAGCCAUACAAUCCUUUAAAAUGCGCAGGAAAUCAAUGUAUGCAGACUCGAAAGCUUUAAACAUAUCAAAACCCCAAACAGAAAACCUCAUAGAUAAGUCUUCCAGUUCACUGAAUGCAUCUAAAAUUGAAGAACUUAUAAAGGAUUCUAAAUCUAUUGACCCGUCAAAAAGUCUUUGUGAACAUUCAAAGGAAACAACAAAACCUAUAACUUCUUUCAAAAUGCGUAGGAAAUCUAUGUAUUUGGAAAGAAACUCGUUAAGGAAUGAAGAAAUUGAAAAGGAUUCAAGAGAUUUAAAGAAAUCCGAACUGGUAAAUAAGAAAAAGGUUGAGGAAACUAUGCCUGACGUGAAGAACAAAGAAGAAACUGAUAUAGAUUCUGAUGCCGCAAUUGAAUCAAGUGGUAUGACCACAAAUACAACAAACAACUCUGAAGAAGUAGAUUCCUUAAGAAAACAACAAAUUGCUGCAGAUUCCGAUUCCUUAACGGAGCAGCAAAAAUCCAAUAAAAUGCCACUAAAAUCUAACAAUCAACGACACAAUUUUGCAUUCAACAAUGAGGAACUCUUAUCAGAAGAUGAACUUGAGAAAGAAUCUGAAAGUAAACGUCGUAAACUUAACAUUGGUUCGGACUCCAUAUCUCCCGAUGUAUUGUCUCAAAUGAAAGCCAUAAAAAUGCGCAGAAAAUCUACGAAUCAAAGGCAAACUGUAGAUUCCUUUAGUCCCGAUAGGGAAAGUAAGAAAGUUUUAGAAGUUUCUAAGAAAUCUAAAGAAGAUAAAGAGAAGAUAUCUGAAGAUAUAAGUUUAAAAAUUGAAACACCACAAACAGAAACAGUUUCUGAAACAAUUAAAGCUCGCAGAAAAUCUACAAACCAACCAAGAAAUUCCACUUCCAGUAUUGAACAGAAAGCUAAGAAAGAUUCAAUAAAAACAAUGGAAAUUAAACCAGAAGAAACUAAAAAACCAGAGGAUAUAGGAACUAAUCUUGAAAGCAGUCAGCAAAUGGAUACAGAAGGCAAAUCCCUAGUUGUUGCGAUGCCAGUAAAAUCAAUUAAAAUGCGUAGAAAGUCUACUAUUGAACGAGUUAAUCCAGAAACAGCAGAAUCUACAAAAUCCAUAACAUCUAAACCAGUCAAUAAGACUGAAGAGGAGAUUUCUGAAACAGAAAACAAUAAAAAAACUGAAACGUCUUCCUCAUCCUCCAUGAAAAUGAGAAGAAAGUCAACAAAUCAGAUACAAACUAAAGAAUCCACUAGCAAAGAGAAAAUACAAAGCACAGAACCUAAUAAGGAUGUUGAUAGCGACUCUUCCUUAGUACUGACACCACACAAAUCCAUUAAAAUACGACGAAAGUCAAUAAAUCAACUCAGAGUUUUAGAUUCCAGCAGCGAUGACAAUGAGCCAUUGAUUAAAAAACCAACUGUGAUAGAAAGCGAACUGAAAACUCCUUUAACAACUGCACCCAAAAGCAGAUCACGUAAGAAACGUAUAGUUAAAGUUUUAAGCAGCUCUAUGGAGUCGCCAGUCACCAAUACAACAAAUAGUUCUCAGCUAUCUUCCGGUCAAACCUCGCCUCUCACCUCACCCAAUCAUCCCAUUUUCGAUACAGAAGUUCCCACACAAUGUACAGAAUUUGCUGCCAUGACACCAAAUCAACAAGAUGACAACAAAUUUAGGGAAAUCGAUUCAAAAUUACAUGAAAUUUUUCAAUCACCACAAUAUACGGUGGAUUAUAGAAUAUCAGCUGCAGUGGAUUCAUCAAAUCUAACCAUACUACCACCUCCUGACGCAGUUAGCAGUCUUAAUGAAAUAUCGGUUUGCAAUUCCGUUAUAAAUCAAAGUUCUGUAAAUAUGACCCAAUUAAACGACAGUAACUCAACUUUAAAUGAUACAACGGCUAUACAAAGUGGCAGCGAAGUGAAACAUAUAUCUUUGGGUGCCGCAGAUUAUCGUUUUGAAAAAGUUUCCGAUAAUGUUAUCAAUUUGUUUAUAUCACGCAAACGUAAACGUAAGCGUAAUAAUUGAAUGAAACGUAAAGUGUUAUAAUAUUAAGAAAUACUGUUAAGUUUAGUUUUAAAAUUCUUACAGAUUUAAGUUGUUUUUUCUUUAAAUAUUUUUAAAAAUAUCUCCAGGAAUUUAUUUUAAAAUUGAAAAGAUUUGUUUAAAAAUACUCGUUUUGUUUUUGAGUUAAUGAAUUAAAUCGUUAAACAGUUUUGUUAUUUUGCUUGAAAUUGACUAAAAUCUGAAUUUUCAUAUAUUAAAUCGUUAAAAAGUUUUAUUAUUUUACUUUUAAAUUGUAAUUGCAAAAACACAAUGUUUUCUUAAAAGUAUUUUAUU